AAUUUUUUUAUGAUGUAUAUAGAAUGAUUAUGAAAGUUUACUUAUACGGUAUUUUGCGAUCAUAAUAAUGAUGGGUAUCAAAUCUAUGUAGUUCUUUCAUGGGAAAUUUGUACAUUUUGGUACAUAAACAUUGUGAGUAAACACCAGACAUGUACUGAAGGACUGUGAAGAACAGAUAGCUUGUUGCAGUUAUUUUUCUAGUGUCACGUAUGCAAGCAAUUCGGUGAAGACGUCCGUUUACAAAGAUGUGCUGCCUGUAGAAUGAUUGCCUAUUGUAGUCAACAGCAUCAGAAACAACAUUGGCCUCAACACAAACAUUUAUGCAAAGCUAUAAGAGAUGUGCUUAAGGAUCACAAGAUGAAAAUCCGUAAUGUAACUUCGAAGGAGGAGUGGAUUAAAGCAAGAAUGAAUUUCAUGCUGAUGGUGAUACUUAAACUGACACGUCGUCUGGACAUGUACGAGGAAGAGAUGUUUAAAUUCCCAAGGGUGUGUUUAAUCUGCCACGAAGAAAAUAGUCAAUUGCUACAAGAUUGUCACAACUGCAGGGCUGUCAGUUUCUGUACAAAACACAAAAACAGUUCCAUACAUAAAGAUAUGUGUUAUCUUUUAAAACUGUGCCUUAAUUUAGACAUAUUAGCUAUGAAUGUUAAACGAGAAUCUUUAAAUUUUAAUUGUUUGCAAUGUGUUUUUGAUAAGAAAAUAAAUGAUUUUCGACAUAUGAGUGAUUACAUUGAUACUUGCAUAAAUACUUGGUCUUGUACUUUGGAAAAAUCUGAUGUGUUAGCGGCUGAUCAAUCGGAACAUCUCACAAGACCCUUGACGUUACUUUACGGAAUGCAGAUGUUAGAUUAUGUUCCAAAAUACAAAAGUUUAGUCAUUCAUGUUAUAGCUGCAAGCAGUGUCGAGCUUGCUACUUUAGAGGCUUGGGAAGUUCUAUUGCAUUUAGUGCCAGCUACAGUAGUAUCUGUAAAAAUUAUAAUGAUAGGUCCAACAGUAUUAGAAGGAAUUUUUGCCUUAUCGGAUAUUUGUUCCAACUGUGUGUUGCAAGAAAAGAAACUUUUAUUUGAAUGUCACAGCACAUUAUAUGUGGAUUAUUUAAACAGUCCAGCAUUUGCAAAACCAGAUUUAGUUGUAGGAUUCAAUGCAGGUAUUCAUGAGCAUGAAAUUGCAUCUUUUCAAGAAACAUGGGCACCGUCCAUAGGCGCAUUAGCUAAACAAAAUUAUCCCUUGAUUUUAUCAUGUUAUACACAAAGUGAAGUAGAAUUAGAGAUAGCUAGAAUAAAUGAAAUCUUGGGUACUAAAACAGAUUGUAUCUAUCGUGGAAAAAAUCCAUUUGCUAGUUUAAGACCACACAGAGAUUGGACUGAGAAUCUAUUUUAUCACAACAAUUAUAUAAUUAUCUAUAGAAACCUCUGUCCAUAAUAAAAAAAUGUAAUUAAGCGAUUGCCUCAAAUCUAU